UGAAGAAAAUUAAACUCGCUCGGGUCGUGAGGAAUUAUCGAACAUGAUAUCUUGACCAAGUCAUGUUGCGGAGAUUUCCCGAAGGGGGGCGACUCUUCUUUAAGCUCUCCUUGCGUGGUCUGCGUAUGGAGUUAACGUCAACCGGUCAAGUCCUUCGCUCGGGCCGAUCACUGUGUUUGAAACGCGAGACGCACUCGAACGACUCGAAAAGGUUGCUAAAGAGGGAGGGGGAAGGGGGAGGGAGCAGGGGGUGUCCAUCCACGAACUUUCUCCUGAAGCUGCCAUUUUGAAGUCUCUACUAAUCCACGAACUUUCUCUCUUUCAUAACGCUUCCUCCCUUUUCGGCUUUUCGCUUCUUAUGGGAAGACCCCUGCUGAAGAACUUGAUGAUGUUCAAGCUUUUCUUCUGAUAAGAGCAGAGGUGAGGAUUCAUGUUCGUUCACCACGUGCAUGUGCGGACAAUUCUCUACGGUUUCUGUAGGCCCUGCGGUCGCACUUUCUUCCUUAUCUUCGCCUCCUGCUUUCCCGCCAUUGAUGGGAGGUAGAAAGCUCAUAAGAAGGGACGGAGGCCGGGAGGUGUAGUCGCCGAGGCAAAAGCAACAGAGUUUUUGAAGCUGGGAAGGGCUUAGUCUUCGAUACGGAUAGUUGUUAACAGAGUUCAUUGAAUUCGAGGAGAGACUGCGAACUCCAUCAGUGGAAGAACAUGAAUUUCGGGAAAACCAAAUUCGUGAGGUUUGAAGAUUGCAAUUCAGAUAAAUCGUGGAACUCGGAGCAGCAAUACGCUGCUAGACACGGGGUUCGACCAACCAAAUUUAGAAUGAUUGUGAACAAACUUUUAGAUGGAUUUCAGGGAGGAUCUGAGAGUUUCUGCGAAAAGAUAAAAAGCAUGAGAAUGCCAUUGAAAUCCUCGCUUGUAUCAGAUAGAACGACUAAAGCUAAAAAGUAUCACCCUGAGAAGAAAAUUCUUGAUCCGCAAGGGCCAUUUCUUCAACAGUGGAACAGGAUAUUCUUGAUCUCGUGUGUUAUCGCGCUGGCUUUGGACCCACUGUUUUUCUACAUCCCUGUGAUUCACGUUGAUAAGUGCCUUGAUUCAGACAAAAAUAUGAAGAUCACUGCAUGCCUCUUUCGAACUGUAAUCGAUGCGUUUUACAUUUUCCACAUAAUCCUCCAAUUUCGUACUGGGUUCAUAGCCCCUUCUUCGAGAGUGUUUGGAAGAGGGGAGUUAAUUGAUGAUCCAUCAGCCGUAUCACGAAGAUACUUAUCGUCCUACUUCUUCCUUGAUAUCCUAGCGAUUCUUCCGAUCCCGCAGCUCGUAGUAUAUAUAAUCAUCCCCACACUCCACGGGCCAGUUCCUUUAAUGUCGAAGGAGUCACUGAAGUUCGUCAUUUAUGGCCAAUAUGUACCGAGAAUUGCUAGGAUCUAUCCCCUGUACCAGGAAACGACAAGAACUUCUGGUAUACUUUAUGAAACAGCCUGGGCUGGAGCUGCCUUCAAUCUCCUGCUUUACAUGUUAGCCAGUCACGUAUUUGGAGCUUUUUGGUACUUAUUCUCGAUUGAUCGAGAAGUUAAGUGCUGGCACAAGUUUUGUCAAAAACCAGACUGUAACUCCACAUUUUUAUACUGUAACCCAGCACAGAUAGGGAGCAACACUCUGUUUCUCGACACUGCUUGUCCUCUGCUUGAAGCCGAUGAAAUUAAGAAUUCGACACAGUUCAACUUUGGAAUAGCCAUCGAUGCCCUCAAAUCUGGCGUGGUGGAGACACAAGACUUUCCAAAGAAGUUAUUCUACUGCUUUUGGUGGGGAUUACGCAAUCUUAGCUCUUUGGGUCAAAACCUAAAAACUAGCACCUAUGUGGGGGAGAUUUUCUUUGCCGUCAGCAUAGCUAUAGCCGGCUUGGUCUUGUUUGCAUUGCUCAUUGGCAAUAUGCAGAAAUAUCUGCAGUCCACUACAGUUAGAGUGGAGGAGAUGAGAGUGAAGAGGCGAGAUGCAGAGCGAUGGAUGUCGCACCGUAUGCUUCCAGAGGGUUUAAAGGACAGGAUUAGGCGGUACGAACAGUACAAAUGGCAAGAGACAAGGGGUGUCGAGGAAGAAUCUUUGAUCAGGAACCUCCCUAAAGAUCUCCGUAGAGACAUAAAGCGUCACCUUUGCCUGGACCUUCUAAUGAGAGUGCCCAUGUUUGAGAAAAUGGAUGAACAAUUGCUGGACGCAAUGUGCGAUCGCCUCAAGCCAGUCCUGUACACAGAGAAGAGCUGGAUUGUGCGUGAGGGGGACCCAGUCGACGAGAUGCUCUUCAUCAUACGAGGCAAGUUGGUGACCAUGACCACAAAUGGUGGAAGAACAGGAUUCUUCAACUCAGUCUAUUUGAAGGCAGGUGAUUUCUGUGGAGAAGAAUUGCUUACUUGGGCCUUAGAUCCAAAUUCCUCCUCCAAUCUUCCCACCUCGACGAGAACCGUAGAAGCUAUCACGGAGGUAGAAGCCUUCGCGCUCACUGCCAAUGACCUGAAAUUUGUGGCAUCUCAGUUUCGGCGUCUUCACAGCAAGCAGCUCCAACAUAGAUUCAGGUUCUACUCGCAACAAUGGAGGACGUGGGCAGCUUGCUUUAUACAAGCUGCUUGGCACCGACACUGCAAGAGGAAGCGUGAUGAGGCUUUGCACGAUGCAGAAGACAGGUUACACGAUGCUUUAGCAAAGGAUGGCGGCGCUUCGCCGAGCCUUGCUGCUACUGUAUAUGCAUCAAGAUUCGCAGCCAACGCAUUGAGGAAUUUAAGGAAAAGUGGUAGCAUAAAGACGCCGCAGAGGUUACCUCUGCUCAUGCCUCAAAAGCCAGCUGAACCUGAUUUCACAACCGAUGGCAGUAACUAA